CUGACUUCCUUAAAGAGACGGCGGGACUCAGUUGACCUAGCAGAGGAUCACAAAGUAGCAGCUUCUUCCACGACGCCUUUUGGGGACUCGUCACUGGGUUGCAAACCGAAGACGAGUGGGUUCCUACCCGGCAGGGAAAGGACUAGGCACGGUCGUCUGCAUUGACCCAGACUGCCACUGGGACAAUGACACAGCUGCCGACAGUACAGCUCUCCUACGGGCUACUGCUGGCCUCAGCGCUGUUGUUUGUGCUGCCGCAGUCCGGCUCGUGUGAACCGGCACAGAUCUCAGGUCAGCCCCAAUUGGUCGUGGAGCGCCUCAGUUUGCCAAGGUUUAGAUUCAACUGGACCAACGUCUCCUGCCGUGUGUGCCAAGUAGUCUUCACCAUCCUGGAUGUGGCACUGCUGAGCGAUGCAAAUGAAGAGCGAGUCGCACGCGCUGUCGGCGAAGCCUGCAUCCGCCUCCACCUGGCUGACGAGCAGGUCUGUCACGAAAUAACCGAGCUCUUUCGGGAUGAUUUCAUUCGGGCCCUACAAGAGUCCCUGCUGUGGCCCACGGAAGCGUGUGCCCUGCUGGUGGGGCCCUCCUGCGGCAAGUUUGACAUCUACGCGUCGUGGAACAUCACCUUGCCCAAGAGCCCCAAGCCUCCUGUCACGCCACCUGUAACUCCUGAACCUGGUUCUCCACAGAGCAGGGUGCUGUUUCUGACAGACAUCCACUGGGACAAAGAGUAUGUCGCUGGCACGGCAGCUGACUGUAAGGAGCCUCUGUGCUGCCGUAAGGAUUCCAUUUCCCCCUUGUGGCGACGGAGGGAGGCGGGCUACUGGGGAACAUACAGUAAGUGUGACCUGCCACUCAGGACGGUGGAGAACCUUCUGGAAAAUGUGGCCAAGGCGGGACCUUGGGACUGGGUCUACUGGACUGGAGACAUACCUGCACACAACGUGUGGUCCCAAACCAGGAAACAGCAGCUGUCGGAACUUACAGUGAUCACCAGGCUCAUCCAGAAACAUCUGGGUCCCAAUGUAACCGUCUAUCCUGCUGUUGGGAACCACGAGAGCACGCCAGUGAACAGCUUCCCUCCGCCUUUUGUUCACGGAAACAGAUCUUCCGCCUGGCUCUAUGACACCAUGGCUGAUGAGUGGGCACCAUGGCUGCCAGAGCAAGCUUUGAAGACUCUGAGAUAUGGAGGAUUUUACACCAUGGAGGUCCAGCCGGGCUUGCGGGUGGUCUCUCUCAACAUGAACUUCUGUGCUCGUGAAAACUUCUGGCUCAUGGUGAACUCCACCGACCCUGCCAACCAGCUGCAGUGGCUGGUCCAUGUUCUUCAGGCCAGUGAAGACAAAGGAGAGAAGGUACAUAUCAUUGGUCACAUUCCACCAGGUCUGUGUCUGGGUAGCUGGAGCUGGAACUACUAUCACAUUCUCAACAGAUAUGAGAGCACAAUUACUGGUCAGUUUUUUGGCCACACCCACUUUGAUGAGUUCCAGAUGUUUUAUGACGAAGAGACCAUGACCCGCCCACUGGGGGUUGCCUUUAUUGCUCCCAGCGUGACCACCUAUGUCAAUUUAAACCCAGGUUACCGUAUUUACUACGUUGACGGGAACUACGAAGGUAGUUCUCGUCUGGUUCUGGACCACGAGACUUACAUCCUCAACCUGACUGAGGCCAACCACAAAGCAGGAGAGCCUGUCACACCAGAACAGAACCCCAAGUGGACUCUGCUGUACCGUGCCACAGAGGCUUACGGCCUCUCCAGUCUGUUCCCCUCAGACUGGAACGGCCUCAUGCGCACCUUCCUCGGCGACGACCGCCUCUUCCAGAAGUUCUGGUACUUCCGACACAAGGGGCACGUUUCUGAGCCGUGCAAGGAGACUUGCAAGACCACCGUGUUGUGUUUUUUGCAAAGCGGCAGAUAUGACGUCCUGCAGCAGUGCGACCUCCUCAAUGGCGUCAAGGGAGGCAAGGUGAGAAAAACGCUGUGUUGAUGGUUUGGUGAUCCACGCCAUCCCAACAGGAACUGUUUCUUGCUGCUUGUUUUUCAGGCACAUUUCCCCUGACCAAUUGUCGGUUUAGGGUUUUCAUUUUUUUUCCCCCUUAGUUAAAUUCUGUUUACAUUAAAUGGCAGGUUUGCUGUCAGUCAAUCCCUUUUUUUUUUUACUGUCAGCACUUUAAUGGUUUUUGUAGCAAAUCUCAACCAUAUCUGCACACAGUUUAGUUAUGGGAGCGUGGGGUUCAUCUACAUGACAAAUGUAGCUUGUUGACUGCUUGUAUAAAGUGUGAAUAAAAUAUUUGAAUUGAA